CGGCUUCCCUUUCGAUCGCUGUUCGGUGGUUCGGUGACAGUGGUGUGGGUGGUUUCGUGCGGUUCGACGUAGUUCUCGCGGCCGGCCAUGGAACCGCGGAGGUUCCGGAUAGCGGAGGCUAGCUGACGGGUCCGUUGACGCCGAUCGGAUGUCCGCGCGGGAGGGUAGGAGGAGGCAGUGCAAGCCGGUGGAUGAAAGUGAAAACGAAACGGACACGGGGGGAUGAACGAACGUGGAGAACGUCCGAUCGUGUCAGACACAGAGCCCAAAAAUACUGCGCGCAUCUUACCCCACGUUAUCUCUCCCAUGGCCCGUAGUAAUGCCGUGACGCGUAUGGGGAGCCGUUUGAUGGAGAAAUAUUGGACGCCACGCACGGCGUGGCCAUAAAACGUUCCGAGAUACGAGAGGGUCCAAGACACGGGGCAUGGCGAUCCUGAACAGGAAGAAUGUUCAUUGACGUUCAGGCGCACGAGAUCCUCACGGCGAAGUGGCGUCUCACUGGCCCGCGGCUGGAUCGCGCACCCAAAGACAAAUGUUCCCUCAAGGGCCACCCUCUUUAGAAUUCCCCGUCCGUGGAGCAAGAAGCUCGUAAAAGACAAAGGGGGUUGGUGGUAGCACAGGGGUGGAGAGAGAGAAGGCGCCGCGCCAGGCAGAGGGGAGGAAGACAGGAAGAGGCGAGGAGGGAAAUAACGGGCGAGAAAGGAAAUAAGAAAGAUGGGAGAGAGCUCACCGGAUCUCAGCCUCCGGCUUCGGCGGGGCAGCUCCGACUCCAGGGAUUCCUUCUACAUGGAUUUUGCUCAGGGCAUCGACUCGGACAUCGAGGAGGUGGCGCGUCCAGGGGACAACUCGGACCCGAUGAUGGAGAAUCAUUUGGAGGAGAAUGGGAACGAGCUGCCUCCUAUAGAGGACAUUACCACGAUCCCGGAGGAAGCCUCGGAGGAGUUGCGGGAGGAGGAGGAAGCCGCGGCGAUGGAGGCCGCGCUGCGAACACCCGAGGGCCCAAUAAUUAACACGGAAGCGGAGAAACCAUCCCCGCCCCAACUCUCCACGCUCGCCCCCCAAGACGACGCCCUUGCGUCGACUUUUAGCGCUCUCUACGGGAAACUGUUGGUCGUAAUGGGAAUCGCUUUUCCCAUGGCCGAAGUAAUAUCCACCUACAUACCGCCGUCGUUCUACGAGGGGUUCUACCUUUACCUCUACUUCGGCAGCAUGAUCUUCCUCGUCUACAUGUACGCCACGUUGCUCCGCGAUGGCAAACCGAAGUCAAAGAAACGAAAGGACGUGUGCGACCUGGACUCGUCGCGUUCGUCGAGCGGCGCCGGUGGCGACAGCGACACCGCGGACACCACGUGCCCCCACGUGACCACCGUCGUCAGACCGGCCCAACACUACGGCAGUUUUUAUCUGAGGAUGGGCGCGGUGGCGUUCGGGAUCGGAUCCAUGAUCUACUCGGGCCUCGAGUUCGGCCAAUACUUCGAGCUCGAGCAGAACACCAAGUGCCACAACAUCAUGCUCGCCCUCACGCCGGCGACCAGGAUGGCGUUCAUCUUCAUACAGAUGUAUUUUAUAUUUCUCAACAACGAGCAAAUGAAAGUUUAUCGUCAUCGGGUGGUCGCGCGAUUCGGACUGAUGCACAUGAUCGGGACGAACCUGUCCGUCUGGCUGAGCGUCCUUGUACAGGAAACGAAACACGAGAUUUUGACGUUCUACAAUCCGGAGAACAACUCGUUAAGGAUCUCCCACAGAUUAGGCGCGAAGAGCAAUCUCGCCGUGCACAACCACUACCACCACGGGGAGCAACACCUGAGGCUUCCAAGGGGGCUUAAAGGGCCGCAUCACAUGUUCGAGUGUCGAAGAACGAACAUAAUGGGAUCGUUGGUCCAGGACGCCAGCCCCUUCCUUUUCCCUUGCACGAUCGAGUACAGCUUGAUCUGCGCAGCGAUCCUCUACGUGAUGUGGAAGAACAUAUCGAAGGCUGCGUUCUCCCAGCCCAAGACGCCGCCCGGAUCCCGCCAUCACGCGCACGCCUACAGGAAAUCGCCCCAUCACUACAGCGUGGACUGCGCCCGGGCCCACAAGGGCCUGUUCGUCGGCAUACUGAUCCUCGUUCUAACGAUCAUCUCCCUGAUCCUGUUCUUCGUGCUGAUCUCGCGUCCGGAAUUGGUCAGCUUCGCCGUGACCGAGGUGAACGUGUGCGAAUUGACCCUGUACGGGAUGUCGACGAUGGCCACGCUGAUAGGCAUGUUCCAGAUGCGCAAGCUCCGCUACGACGGGAACAGGAACCUGGAAUUGGACAAUAUACUGUUGGUCGCCGCCCAGACGGGGAUGUUCAUCUACUCGACGUUCACGAUCAUCGGCGCCCAAUUCACCCUCGCCAAGCACACGGUGCUCGUGCUGGUCACGGCGUUGGCCAGCGUGGUUCAGACCACGUUCCAGACGAUAUUCAUCCUCGACGCGUCGAGGCGGUCCGUGGCCACCGCGAAGCAGAUCAGACGGAAGCCGGGAAGAGAGAUCGUCACGUUCCUCCUCGUCACGAAUCUGGCCAUGUGGGCGAUCAACACGUUGGAGAAGUCGAGGGCCGAGUCGCAUCCCGUCCAGCUGCACUUCUACGGCCUUUGGGCGUGGACCAUCAUCACCCACGUCUCGAUGCCGUUGGCGAUAUUCUACAGGUUCCACAGCACCGUGUGCCUGUGCGAGGUCUGGAAAAGAGCGUACAAGGUGAAGCCUACCUACAUGUGACGUAAGGGGUCCCGUGAGGUCGUGUGCAACACCGCGGCUCCUCAACGACCGAAAACCCUGCCGGCCAGGCUCCACGCCAUCGCGGAAAA